CCCUCAGCCUGCACCCCCUGCAACCCCCAACCUUUCGGGGUCUCCCCCUCCUUGUUGCUAAGGCCCGGACCGUCAUCCCAGCAACAGCCUCAGUCAUGUGACCGGCAAUGGCGGCGCUGACGAGAGGCUUUCUUGGGGGCCUCAGAGCUGGGGAAGAAAGGAGGAAGUCCUGGUCAGCUGAGUGGAAAUAGAAGGAUUUCUGCUGCCAUCAUCUUCCAUGGGCUUCCCAGCUCACACGACUUACAAGUAGGGAGCAGGGAAAAAAGAGUGAGCCUGCAUGCCAAUUCUAAGCUCUUCAGGAUCAAAUGUCGUUCGUCCUGUCCAGAAUGGCAGCCUGUGGAGGCACCUGCAAGAACAAAGUGACUGUCUCCAAGCCUGUGUGGGACUUCCUGAGCAAAGAGACCCCAGCCCGGCUGGCCCGGCUUCGGGAGGAGCAUCGUGUGUCCAUCCUCAUAGAUGGCGAGACUUCUGACAUCUAUGUUCUCCAGCUUUCCCCACAGGGCCCUCCCCCGGCCCCUCCCAAUGGGCUCUACCUAGCCCGGAAGGCUCUUAAGGGGCUGCUAAAAGAGGCAGAGAAAGAGCUGAAAAAAGCUCAGAGGCAGGGGGAGCUGAUGGGCUGCUUGGCUCUGGGGGGUGGAGGGGAGCACCCUGAGAUGCACCGCGCAGGUCCACCCCCUCUCCGAGCAGCCCCACUUCUGCCCCCAGGGGCGCGGGGGCUCCCCCCUCCUCCUCCCCCCCUGCCCCCACCUCUUCCUCCUCGCCUUCGGGAGGAGGCAGAAGAGCAGGAGAGCACCUGCCCCAUCUGUCUGGGGGAGAUCCAGAAUGCCAAGACAUUGGAGAAGUGCCGGCAUUCAUUCUGCGAGGGCUGCAUCACCCGGGCUCUGCAGGUGAAAAAGGCUUGCCCCAUGUGCGGCCGCUUCUAUGGGCAGCUGGUGGGCAACCAGCCCCAGAAUGGGCGGAUGCUGGUCUCUAAGGACGCCACCCUCCUACUACCCAGCUAUGAGAAGUAUGGCACCAUUGUCAUCCAGUACGUCUUCCCGCCCGGUGUCCAGGGGGCUGAACACCCAAACCCAGGAGUUCGGUAUCCUGGCACCACACGGGUGGCCUACCUCCCGGACUGCCCCGAGGGCAACAAGGUGCUGACCCUGUUCCGCAAGGCGUUUGACCAGCGUCUCACCUUCACUAUCGGCACGUCCAUGACCACAGGGAGACCGAAUGUCAUCACCUGGAAUGACAUCCACCACAAGACCAGCUGCACAGGGGGACCCCAGCUGUUUGGGUACCCAGACCCCACCUACCUGACCCGGGUGCAAGAGGAGCUGAGAGCGAAGGGUAUCACAGAUGACUGAAGGACAUCGCCUUUGCCAAGGCCCCUGCUGUCCACCUCUACUAGGACCCAGCAGAAGCCUCUUUCUCCUCUCUGCCCCCUGCCCCCCACAACACACCUGUAGGGGACCUGUCUGACUGGGAAGGGCGUUCUGAGAGGGAGGGGGCAAUCCCUUCCCCCAUCCCCCACCGGCCAAGUGUUUCAAUGCAGUGUGAGCCACUCCCUUCUGGCAGAGGCCAACCUCCAAAGGCUCUGUUCUCCGCUCCCGGUGUAUAUAUACUCCCGGUUUCCCUGUCCCUCCAAUGCCCUUGGCUUUUUCUGGUAUGUGCUGUGCUCCAUGACCAAGCCGAGAAAGGACCUAGGGUGGGGAAGAGAGGGUCUCUUGAUUCCCAACUGCCCCCACAUACUGCUUCACCGCUGAACUUCGGGUGCCGGAGAGGAGGAAUUGGGCUGAUGUGAGCUCCCCACCCGCCCCCAUGGAGCUGGCUGUGUGUGUUCAUCAGAUACAGUUCUUCCUUAACCUUGUCCUUUCUUUCCUGUGUCCCAGUCUCCGUCAGUCUGUCUUUCUCCGCUCUUCUCUGACCCCUAUGAGGAACCUCCUUACCCUGUUCUGGAAUCGCUGCCAGACUGUAGCUUUUAAUUUAAUAAAAAUAAAGUAAAAUAUGCAACUCUU